AUGGACCCCAUCCCCCCCUCCUUCUACGACCUUGAGCGGCGCAGACUCGAAAACACCAUCGACCUCGACCUCGCCUCCCUAUCUCUCUCCUCCCUACACUCCACCACAUCCUCAUCGUCUCAACCAUACUACCAAACCGCUCCCCAGGAGUACCAAGAUCACACCUUCCUCUCCUCCUCCUCUUCCGACUUGUCAUUGGAGUAUCCCCGAGCCGAGUCCAUACGACCGUCGGCACACCAUGUCAGUGGUGUUGGGUAUGGCUACGGCCAAGGACCCUCUGGAACUCCCCGUGCUCCCCAGAGCAUGACAUCGAGAAUGAGUUCCAUGAGUGCCCAAAGCGUCUUUGCCGGAUCUAGUCCGGUCUCAACUGCUGGACACCAUGCGAGCGCAAUGACCCUAGGUGCAGGUGUGUUUGGUGGUCACGCGGGAAGGCAUGGAAAGGAGAAUGAGCCCGAAGGCCAAUAUGAUUCAGAGAGGAGCACGGGAAAGCUUGUUGGAGAGCUGGGAAGGGUUAUGGGUGCAAAGAAUAUGCCGUCACGGCCAGACUCGCCAUUCUCACCGAGGUCACCCUCACCUCUUCCAUCUGCCACCAGCCAGCCUCUCAACCUCUCCUAUACCCUAUCCCGAAACGACCAGCUUCUCAGCCCUCCGUCUAGUAGAGAAAAGACCAUGGACUCUAGGCCUGCCGAGCAGACCCCUGCGCCAAAAUCAAAAACCAAAAGGCAGCCUCUUGGCGCAUCCAACGUCCACAACGUCUCUCGUACGCCCGGCCCGCGCAAGACGACAGGAAAGGAGAAGCCGGACAGGGUUCGUGCUCUUCAGACGGAAGGCAGGAGGUCCGCUAGCGCACCGGAGAUGAGGAAGGAGGUCUCUGCAGACAUCACUGGAUUAUCGGGUCUACUGGCGACUCCGGCAGCAGGCCACAAGUACGGGGGCAUCAGUAGAGAUGGUGAUGUUGGAGGGGAGCCAGCAGUGAAUAUUCCUCACACACUCGCUACCCUUCAUGCAAGGCUGAGGGCGCUAGACACGGAAAACUCUGUAUCUCGGAGGAGAGUGAAGGAGCUCGAGGAAGAGUUGGAGGCGGCAAAGAAGGCGGUCGAUGCGGCAAAAAGGUCGGGAGACAAGAAUGUGAAAGAGGCAGUCUAUGAGAAAUCUGCUUUGGAAGAACUUAUACGAUCUCUCCGCGACAAUCUUGCUCGUUUGACCGUCGAAGUCGAACACAACAAGGCCUUGGUAGCCGAUCUUCGCCAAACCGCUUCAAACAAUGGACCCGGUCCCUCUUCCCAAUCAUCUUCUGUUCAAUCAGAGCUUGCUGCCCUCCGCAAGGAGAUUGAGCGUCUCACUCGAGAAGUUGAGCGACUCGGAGGUAUCGUGACUUCAGGCCUCGAGACCCAGAAACGAGCUCGUGGUGAACGGACUGUCCGAAUGGAAGAAGCAGAGAUGGAGAAGCUUGUCCGACAGGUGGUCGAGGCUGAGCAUGAGGGGAUUAGGCGAGCACAGGCGGACGUAGAGAGGCGACAAGCUGAGCUAGUCGCCCAGCAAAAAGCCAAACCCCCUAGGCCGAGCACUGCGUACACCUUCCAGCAACCUCGGGACAUUUCUCAGAUUUCUCAAAACCCCACUCCUCCUCCAUCGGACGAUGAUUAUGACUCUCCUACUGCGUCUCGACCAGGUUCCCGGCAAACACUUGUAGCACCGACUCCCGAGCACCGACCACAAGAGCGAAAGUCCAAGAGCAAGCGAAACAAGUCCAAGCUGGCAUACGAAGACAGGAGCGGAGGCCCCGGAUCACCUUUCCCGAGUAUCAAUGACGAAGAGCUGGAAAAGGAAUUCUUCAGUCCUUCCAGUAAACCGACAAAGAGCCGUACCAAGGCGUAUGAUGUCUCGGGGCUUGGUGAGGUGUUGUUGAAUGGCGGGCAUGACGAUGAGCUGCCGCCACCGACGGUCCUGGCUAGGGUGAUUGCAGAGUUGGAAGACGACUUUAAGCAUUACAAAUCUAUCUAUUCUGAGCUGGCCGACCAGUACAAAGUCCUCGACCCUGCUUCAGUCUCUGCCAAACGCCAUGUCCUCGCCGACCAUCUCCGCGAAGUCAUAGACACGCUCGAACAAAAAGCAGACCAAAUCUCCGAGCUGUAUAGCCUCCUCGUCUUUUCAGACAAGACACUUUCGGCAGGCGAGCGAAGGGAGAGGAAUAAGCAAGGCGUGAAGAGCGUUGGGGAUGUGUUGAGGAUGGUCAAGGGGAGCUUGGGAGAAGAGGUUUGGGCGAGGUUGCAGAGGGAUUUGAAAAGGAUUUCAUGA